ACAUGCACAAUCAAUUCAACAAAGGAAAAAGAGAAUCUUUUUGCUAAUCGCUUUAAUUCCUUCUCUACUUUUCUGUAUUCGUUUCUGAUUCCCAAUUCCAAUCCUUUACGCCUUUGGGUUCUAUGAUGAAACUCCGUUCUCUGCUUUUUCUUUUUCUUUUGUUAAUCAGAAUAUUCCUAUAACUUUGUGCUAUGUACACUGUACUCUGUUUUCUUCAUAUGGGUUUUGAGAUGCUGACCCAAUUCAUCUACUAAUCCCCCACUUUCUUCUUUUCUUCAACUUUUGGGCGAAUUCACUGUGUGAUCGUUGUCAGAAUACUGAAAUAAACAUUGACAACUGUUUGGUCAAAUACCUGAGUGAAUUAGUUUUCAAUUUAAGUGAAAUAUGGAGACGAGACUUUUGGAAAUUCAUCCUCGGGAAUUGAAGUUCAUUUUUGAACUAAAUAAAGAUAGCUUGUGCUCAAUUCAGCUAACAAAUAAGACAGUAGACCAUGUUGCUUUUAAGGUUAAGAUCACAUCCCCAAAGAAGUACUUUGUCCGACCAAAGGUUGGAAUCAUCGAGCCAAACUCAACUCGUGGAUUCACGGUUAGGAUGCAAGGACAACAGCUGGCCCCACCUGAUAUGCUAUGCAAAGACAAGUUCUUAAUCCAGAGCACUGUAGUUCCUGCUGAUACAACUGAUGGGGAUAUAAUCUCUAGCUUGUUUGUGAAAGAAGGUGGGAAGUACAUAGAAGAACAGAAGUUGGGUGUAAUCCUUGUUACCCCAUCCAUUUCUCCAGUGUUUACCCCAGUUGAUGAAGCAUCAAAUAAUCUAUGUAAAGCAGUAGAGGAGAUUGUAGACCAGGAACCUUUAAACAAAAACCAUGUUCCUGACAAUAAGACGGAGCCUAGAGAUGUCGUUGAAAAGGAGCCAGAACCAGCAAGUUUGGCCAACAACUUCAUAGAUAGCAAUGAGGACAAUGCAGAAAUGAUAAAGCAUCUCGAGGAGUUGAAGUUAAAGCUCAGUGAGCUUGAGUUAAAGCUCUGUCAGGCUCAAAAUGCCAUUUCAAAGUUAAAGGAGGAGAAGCAAAUAAGCAUCCAAGAAACCAAAUUCUUGCAGGAGAAUUUCUCAGAGUUGAGGAAGAAAGAGCUCAACAGAGUUCAAGUUGGCUUUCCUGUUUUGUAUCUCUACAUGGUGGCUCUUGUAUGUACUUUUCUAGGACGCCUCUUGAGGUAGUAGAGAUUUUUAGUGUCAUUAUAUGUGUGUCCAUCUUUUACAAAUUGUCAAAGGAGGGAUUGGUAUAUAUAGUAUAUAUAUCUUUGAAGUUAGAAUAAUUGUAUAGCUUCUAUUCUCUCCUUGGUUGGAUAUCGCUUCUGUUGUAAAUUUGAGCAUAACUUAAGUAGUUCGUCAUUAGCGUUAUUCCCAAGUUGAGAAUAGUCUAUGUGGCAAGUUAUUGACGCUCUCGUAAGUCUGUAUUGAGAAAUAUUUACAAAUAUACCGUUGUAUACAUCUUUGUCCGUUA